UACGUUUCCAACUCAUCACGAGGCUUAACUAUAAUGGUUGCUGUUUUAGGUUCGAUGUAGCCUGUCAAUAACGGGAAGUAGAUUGAUGGAAAAAGAAUUGUAAUCAAAAUCAUCAAGUGGUACUUAAAGCUAAGCAGCAUGCAUGGUGUAUUGAAAGUAAAGACGACAGCUGAACAGGAAGCAGAGAGAAAAAAGGAAAGAGCAGAGAAAGCUGAAAAAUUUAAGACUCUAACUGAGGAAAUUUUUAAUAAGAGAAAAAAUGAAGAGCUUGAUGAUGAACUUUUGAAGCUUACAGAAAAACUCCUUGGUUCAAAUCCAGACUUCUCUACCAUGUGGAACAUAAGGAAAGAAAUAUUUCUAAAAAUUAAGCAGCAGAGGUCUGAUGAUGAAAUGAAUGAAUUAUUUCUUCAUGAACUUAAAUUCUUGCAAAGCUGCUUGCAUGUUAAUCCAAAAUCAUAUGGUGUUUGGGAACACAGAAGGUUUGCACUACAAAAUAUGCCUAGUCCAGACUGGAAGAGAGACUUGAUGUUAUGCAAUAAGUUUUUGUCAAUGGAUUCUAGAAACUUUCACUGCUGGGAUUACCGUCGCUUUGUUGUCAAAAAUGCUAAUGUAUCAAGCAAAGAAGAAUUUGAUUUUACUACCAAAAAGAUUUCUGAAAAUUUUUCAAAUUAUUCUGCUUGGCACAACAGAGCAAAGUUGCUGCCACUUGUUCACCCUGAUCCACAAUGUAAGGGAAAAGUUGAAGAGACUGCUUUGUUGAGGGAAUUUGGACUUGUCCAAAAUGCUUUCUUCACUGACCCAAACGAUCAAAGUGCUUGGUUUUAUCAAAGAUGGCUCCUUGGAAGAGGUAUGUUAAGGCAGGAUUUUUAAAUUGUCAUCUAUCUUGUUCUCAACAGAAAGUUUUUAAAAAGUUUAAGAUAUUGGAAUAUUUUAGCAUAAAGAAAGUACCAAUAAUCAAUAGUAAUAACAUCUGGCUAAUUCUUUAUAUUUACAUUCAGUAUUUCGCUUUUUAAUUUAUAAUCCACUUUUACAUUCAGUAUUUCAUUUUUUUAAUUCAUAUUGCCUUAGUUUUUGUCCAUAUCGGUUAAUCAGUUCAAAACUGCUAUCUAUUGAAAGUGAACACUUUGUCACUGAUUGUCUUUGCUCAAACAGAAGUUAGCUUUUCAACAAUUUCACCAAUUUCAUCAUCCUAUUAAAAUAUUAACUCUUGUCAAACAAAAUAGGAUUUAU